AUGAGCUUCCCUCAAAACAAUGACAUCACUCUCCCAGUCGAGUCACAACUCGGCAACCCUACCCUUCAAGUCGACUUUUCAUGGAAGAAGCUCAAGGCUUUGGUCUCACAAAAGGACAAGUCUGGAGAGUCUGUGCCUCGAUAUGUCAUCGACUACAACACCUUGAGGUCGCCCCAUUUGGUUUUCCACCCUGCUGAGGACAAGUCUGCCAUUAUCGGAUCCGGCACCCUCCACCCGGUCUCGAUCCAUGCCGACUAUGUACUCCGUGGUCACAAGGGAACUCUCAAGGCUCUGAGGCGCUUCGUCACCUCUUACACGCACCUGUCAUAUAACUACGCCGAUGGCCCUGGAGAUACCCCGGCUGCCAUGACCUGGACUAGCUCCAGCGACUUCAAGAGCUGGGACUUUAUCUGCCUCGAUGAGAACAGCGUUCCUGUCGCCAAGUUCUCUGCCAACGCUUGGGCCAUCAGCAAGGUUGGCUACAUCGAGUUCAUGGGCCCCAAGGCCAACAACCCCGACGCCCAGGAGGAGAUUAUGAUCACUGGUCUCACUCUGUUCUCUCAGAUGGUACUUCGUACAAGCAGUAUACUGUCUCUCUUUGGCGCCAUUUUCUCAAGACCCGGCCCGCUAGACAAGGAGGCAGCUGAGGGGUCCCGGAGGAGUGUGGAGGGAAAGGAAUGGGCGGAGCACCAGGAGCUAUCCUUUCCUAAGGAUAGCAAGUCAUAA